GGCAACAUUUUCGUCGCGAUCUGACCGAGAGAACACCGAAACCACAACCUGACCGCCACCGACCUCGGCAGCAGCAUUGCAACGCGCGCGACCUAUCGAGGGGACAACACAGUGCUUUACUUUCAAUUCCACCCUCAAAACCGGUUGCGAUCAACGGCCGACCCAUUCUCGCACGGUCAACGCUGCCCGCAAUGAGCAGGUAGCCCUGCGCAACGACAUCAAGGGCACAUCGGGACCUUCCAUCGCUCGAUCCGCACCGUCCGUCGUCAUAUCGACCGAGGGAAAAUGGCUGUUGAAACAAAAACAACACUGCGCCGACGCAAAGACCAGGUCGUAGACCAGCUGCCAAAGCGUUUCAAGGCGCUGAAGUUUGGCGUCCAAUCACAUCAAGACAUUGUGAGCCAGGGUGUGCUCGAGGUCUCUGAUAACCUGCUCUACGAUGUCGAAAACCGACGAACAGCGUUUCCUCACGGCCCGCUCGACCCUCGCCUGGGAAUCUCGAGCACAAACCGCGAAAGCAAGUGUGCCACAUGCCACCUUGGGCUGCAAGAAUGUUCCGGUCAUUUCGGUCACGUCCGACUACCGCUCCCCGUCUUCCACAUUGGCUACCUGAAGUACAUCCAAGCGACGCUGCAGAAUAUUUGCAAGGACUGCGCGAGAGUUCUUUUGCAGGAACCGGAGCGGCGCCAGUUCCUGAAGGAGCUGCGUCGCCCCGGAAUCGACAAUUUGAGACGCUCGGCCAUCUUGAAGAAGAUCAAUGAACAGUGCAGGAAAGCGAGGACGUGUCCCUAUUGCGGUUCUAUCCAAGGUGCAAUUCGGAAGUUGAGCGUCAUGAAGCUUGUCCACGACAAAUUCUCAGCAUUCAACAAGUCGACGGCCCAAAAGAAGAUUGCCCCAGAGAGCAAGGUCGAGUUCGACGCGUCGUUCGAGCAUGCCAAAAAAUACACGCCCGAACUGGAGAAGCACACACGGAAGGCGAUGGAUGACCUGAACCCCCUCAAAGUCCUGAAUCUCUUCAAGGCUAUCAGCCCGACCGACUGCGAGCUCCUCGGAUUGGAUCCCGCCGAGGGCCGACCCGAAAUGUUUCUUUGGCAAUAUGUUCCUGCCCCGCCGAUUUGCAUUCGCCCGUCCGUGGCCCAGGAAAACGCCAGUAACGAGGAUGACAUCACGAGCAAGCUAUCGGAAAUCAUUCUUUAUGCAGGCCACCUGCGAGAGUCAUUGAAGAAAGGAGUCGCAUUGCCCGUGAUCAUGGAGCAAUGGGAGUUCUUGCAACUGCAGGUCGGCAUGUACGUCAACAGUGAUGUUCCCGGCCUUUACCAGCCAGGAUUUGGAAAGCCCAUCCGUGGCUUCUGCCAGCGUCUCAAGGGCAAACAGGGCCGCUUCCGUGGCAACCUUUCAGGAAAGCGUGUCGACUUCUCUGGGCGAACCGUCAUCUCGCCCGACCCCAACUUGAGUAUUGAGCAGGUAGCGGUGCCGCAGUUAGUGGCCAAGAAUCUGACAUACCCAGAGCGCGUAAACCACGCGAACAUCGAGAAGCUCAGGGAGCGCGUCAGCAAUGGGCCGAAUAUCUGGCCCGGUGCACAGGGUAUCAUCAAAAAGGACGGGGCCAAGUACAACCUCAAGAUCAUUAAAGAGGAAGCUCGCGAAAGGCAUGCGAAUGGCUUGGAAUACGGUGAUGUUGUGGAGCGCCACCUAGAGGACAACGACAUUGUUCUCUUCAACCGGCAACCGUCGCUGCACAAGCUCAGUAUCAUGAGCCAUCUCGUCAAGGUCCGGCCUUGGCGGACGUUCCGUCUGAACGAAUGCGUUUGCACCCCGUACAACGCCGAUUUCGACGGAGACGAGAUGAAUCUGCACGUUCCCCAGACGGAGGAGGCCAGGGCGGAGGCCAUCAACCUGAUGGGCGUCAAGAACAACCUCAUCACUCCCAAGAACGGCGAACCCAUCAUUGCGGCCACGCAGGAUUUCAUUACUGCCGCCUACCUGUUGAGCAGCAAGGAUCGCUUCUUUGACCGGGCGUCCUUCACGUACAUCUGCACACAGAUGCUCCUGGGCGACACUUACCUCGAACUGCCUCCGCCCGCAAUCGUCAAACCCAAGUCUUUGUGGACGGGCAAGCAAAUUUUUAAUGUGUUGAUGCGCCCGAACAAGGAGUCUCCUGUCCUCGUGAACCUCGAUGCCAAAAACAAGGUUUUCAAGAAGAAGAAGGACGGCCAGAUCCCGGAUAUGGACAUCGACGACGCCUUCCUGGUUGUUCGCAACUCCGAGGUCAUGUGCGGCAGGAUGGACAAGUCGACGGUCGGAGGAGGCAAGAAGAACUCGGUUUUUUACGUGAUCCUUCGUGAUUUUGGACCGGACUAUGCGGCGGCUGCCAUGAACCGCUUGGCUAAGCUCUGCGCCAGGACGCUGACACUGCGAGGCUUCUCGAUUGGCGUUGGCGACGUGUGGCCAUCGGGAUCCCUAACACACCACAAAGCUCAGCUUGUGGAGGAUGCAUACAAGAAAUGCGAUGACCUUAUUGAAACUUACCGGCAAGGCAAGCUCGAAAAGGCUCCCGGCUGCAACCUGGAGGAAACACUUGAGAACGCCAUCUCGGGUAUUCUCAGCAAAGUUCGACAGCAGGCGGGUAACUACUGUGUCGAGAAUCUGAGCAAGAACAAUGCUCCGCUGAUCAUGGCCAAAUCGGGCUCUAAAGGUUCCGACAUCAACGUCGCCCAGAUGGUUGCCUGCGUCGGUCAGCAGAUUAUCUCGGGCAAGCGUGUGCCCGACGGUUUCAACGACCGCAGUCUGCCGCACUUUCACAAAAACGCGCGGCAGCCCCCGUCCAAGGGUUUCGUGAGAAACAGCUUCUACACUGGUCUGGUGCCGACCGAGUUCCUCUUCCACGCCAUUUCGGGCAGAGAAGGUCUGGUCGAUACCGCUGUCAAGACAGCCGAGACGGGCUACAUGUCCAGACGACUCAUGAAGUCUCUCGAAGACCUCUCGACAGAAUAUGACGACACUGUCCGAACAUCAGAAGGGGGAAUUGUUCAGUUCCAGUACGGCGCCGACCGGCUUGAUCCCGUGGACAUGGAAGGCGACGCCAAACCCGUCGACUUUGCUAGGACAUGGAACCAUGCCCAGACAAUCACCUGGAGCAACUCGGAACCGUCUCUGUUGCCUUGGGAAAUCCAGAAGCUGUGCAAAUCGAUCCUGGACGACGAGAGGAGGAAGUAUGUCAGGCGACACCUCGUCACCAAUGAGGAGAUCAAGUACGACGACGAGACGAUUCGUGAGAGCAUGGACCACGACGUCCUGAUCGCCAUUGACGAGCACGAGAGCGCCAGAGUGUAUCUCAACACAAUCCGCGACUACAUCCGGGAACAUGCGAUCAAACUCGCCAAGGCGCGGAAAGCGGUGGGUCUGGACCCGUGCAUCCCGGACGACAUUUCGAUGAAGAGAGAGCUCGAGAAGUGGCAGCCGGUUAGGACGGACGGGUUCGAGAUGGAGGUCGACGCUUUCCGCGAGCCCUUCAAGCCGUUUGAUUAUGUCCUCCAGGAUUUACGCCGCGAACUCGGCGAGGAGGACCAGCUCGACGACGCUACUCGGCAGGCAAGGAUACAAGCCAAGGCACAGGCGCAUGUCGACCGCGUCGCCAAGGUUUCGGAGCGAACACUUCGUCAGUUCAUCCAGAUGUGUCUGCACAAGUACAAGAAGGCGCGGGUCGAGCCCGGCCACGCCGUGGGCGCCGUUGGAGCGCAGUCGAUCGGCGAGCCCGGCACGCAGAUGACGCUCAAGACGUUCCACUUCGCCGGUGUGGCCGGCAUGAGUAUCACCCAGGGUGUGCCCCGUAUCAAAGAAAUCAUCAACGCGUCGAAACUCAUUAGUACGCCCGUCAUCACGUGCGAGCUGGAGAACAAGACCGAUAUCAAAGCAGCGCGUGUGGUCAAGGGCAGGAUCGAGAAGACGUAUAUCUCGGAUGUCAUCUCGUACAUUGAUGACGAGUGGCUUCCGGACGUGGCUAAGAUCGUUCUGCAGGUGGAUUUGCAGGCGCUGUCCGACAUGCAACUGGGCAUCUCGAUGAAGGACAUCGCCGACGCCAUCGUCAGGGCCAAGAAGCUCAAGCUCAAGGUGGAAGCCGAGGACCUGCGGAUCGCCCGCGAUCGCGUCGAGGUGAUCGUGCGCAACACAUGGCAGGACGCCGCGGCACAGCGCAAAGCGGCGCGCGUCCGCGCCGCGGCCAUCGAAAAGGGCCAGCUCGUGUCCAGCGCCAUGGACGAGUCGGCCGCCGACUUCCAGCUGCGCGUCAACUUCCUCAAGCGCAUGCUGCCGCACGUCGCCAUCUCGGGCUACCCGGAGGCGGCGCGGGCCAUCAUCCAGACGAGCGAAAGCAACGAGCACAAGGUGCUGGUAGAGGGGUACGGCCUGCGCGCCUGCAUGACGACCGAGGGCGUCGUUGGCACGCGGUGUGUCACGAAUAGCGUCAUGGAGUGCCGCGACGUACUCGGCAUCGAGGCGGCGCGCACGACCAUCGCCAAGGAAAUUGGGUCGGUCAUGGGCGACAUGGGCAUCGAUCCCCGUCACAUGGAAUUGCUGGCGGAUGUCAUGACGUACAAGGGCGAGAUUCUGGGGAUUACAAGGUUCGGGCUGGCCAAGAUGCGCGAUAGUGUGUUGCAGCUCGCGUCGUUUGAGAAGACGCCAGAUCACUUGUUUGAUGCGGCGGCGGGGAUGAAGAAGGAUAAAAUUCUGGGGGUUAGCGAGUGUAUUAUCAUGGGACAAACCAUGUCGAUCGGUACCGGGGCGUUCCAGGUCGUCAGGAGACUGGGGAUACGGGAUCAUCAGGUUGCGCCUAAGCCGACGCUGUUCGAGGAUGCGUGGAAGAAGGAUGAGGCGAUCAGGCGGAAGGCAAGGAUCGAGAAACGGAGGAGUGGGAUGGUGAUGGAGCAGGCCCAGAUGGUGAGUGUCGCUGCGUAGACGGCGGUGCGUUUACUUGGGAAGUAGAAGAGAGUUGUCAGCAUGUUAUAUUACUACCAUAGAUGACUUCCCCAGAGAUUUCGUCUCGUGCCUUGCCCAGGAUUACACAAAAG